GGCGGCGGCCGCUCCCGGAGACCCCCGCGGGACGCGGCGCGGCGGGACCCCCCCCACGGCGCUUCGGCCCGGUGGGAUCGCCUCGUGAAGCGUUCGGGAGCGAAGCCCCGCCCCUCGCGCCCGAGCACCGACAGGCGGCGGGGGCGGGCGGAGGGCGGCGGAGAUGGACGGAAAGUGCCGAAGCGCUGGCGGGAGUGACGGAAAUGACCGAGGUUACCCGGAGAUGGACGAUCGUUGACGGAAGGUGACGGAAGCUACCGAAGCUUUCACGGAAGCCCCGUGGGGCACGAUCUGAGGUACAACCGGAGGGUACAACCCGACCCACACAGCUGGACAUACAACGUGACACCCACGUGACACACCCUGAGCCUCCGCCGGCUCCUUUAACACCCCCGCGGCAGGACGGGGCCCUGUGACGUCACUCCCAGCCCAGCCAAUGAGCAUCCAGGAGGCCCGGCCGGCUGUGACCCCCCCCCGAGGACCCCCGGAGCAGCAACACCCAGUCCAUGAGGGCCCCGCGCACAGGUGGCCCGCGCGGGGAUGGCUCCGGUCGUGGAGGUGUCGGACGCCGGGCACUGCCGGGCGCUGCUGCUGGAGCUGAACGAGCAGCGGCUGCGGGGCCAGUUCUGCGACGUCACCAUCAUCGCCGAGGACACCAAGUUCCGCGCCCAUAAGAACGUCCUGGCCGCCUCCAGCCCCUUCUUCAAGCGCGCCCUGGCGCAGGAGCCCGCCUGCCCCUCGCCCGCCCAGGUGCUGGAGCUGCCGGGCGUGCAGGCCGGCGUCUUCUCCGACGUGCUCAACUUCAUCUACAACUCGCGCCUGGCGGUGCCGUCGCCGGCGGCCGCACGGGCGCUGGGGGCCGUGGGCCGGCGCCUCGGCAUCCCCUCGCUGCAGGGGCUGGAGGCGGCGCCGCCCCGGGACGCCAACGGCACGUGGGCCCCCCCCGCGCCCGCCGCCGCCCCACGGCGGGGGACACGGCCACGGCGGCGCCGGCCUCGCCUCGCCGGUGUCGCCGGCCUCGCCGGUGUCGCUGUGUCGCCCGCGCUGCGCUGCGGGCUCUGCGGGCGCGGCUUCAGCUCGGCGGCCGCGCUGGCCUUCCACGCCAAGCUGCACCGCGGGCGCCGCGGCCUCGCCUGGCGCCACUGCGGCAAGAGCUUCAUCCACGUCAAGCGCCUGCAGACGCACGAGGUCGGCUGUCGCGACGGGGAUGGGGACGCCGCUACCGCCGCCGCCGCCGCCGCCGCCGCCGCCACGACCACCACGGCCACCACGACCACGCCCGCCGUCGCCAGCGUGGCCGCCUCGCCGGCGCCCAAGGCGGCCAAGAAGGCGCUGCUGCUGCGGCACCGGGCGCUGGAGCCGGGCCCGGAGCAGGAGCCGGUGGUGAAGGUGGUGGACGGGCAGGUGCUGUACCUGUGCGGGGUGUGCCACCGCUCCUACAUGACGCUGUCCAGCCUGAAGCGCCACGCCAACGUCCACUCGUGGCGCCGCAAGUACCCGUGCCGCUACUGCGACAAGGUGUUCGCGCUGGCCGAGUACCGCACCAAGCACGAGGUGUGGCACACGGGCGAGCGCCGCUACCAGUGCAUCUUCUGCUGGGACACCUUCGUCACCUACUACAACCUCAAGACGCACCAAAAAGCCUUCCACGGCAUCAGCCCGGGGCUCAUCGCCUCCGAGAAGACGCCCAACGGCGGCUACCGGCCCAAGCUCAACGCGCUCAAGCUCUACCGCCUGCUGCCCAUGCGGGCGCACAAGCGGCCCUACAAGACCUACAGCCAGGGCGCCGUGGCGGACGGGGGGGUCCUGCUGCCCCCCGGCGCGCCCGCCGACGCCCCCGCCGCGGCCCCGGCGCCCGGCGAGGCCUUCCCGGCGCCGCGGCCCGAGCCGGCGUCGGUGAUCGCCUACGGCCGUGCCGCGCCCUCGGUCAUCGUGCGCGGCAGCGGCGCCGCCGCCUCCGUCAUCGCCUACAACGGGCGGGCGGCCGAGGAGGCGCCGGGCGUGCCCGAGGUGCCGGCGGCGCCCGCGGCGCCCGCGGUGCCCAUGAAGAAGCAGGUGCUGCGCGACUACAUCGAGGCCCAGCGCGCGGCGGCCGCGGCGGCCGAGGCGGGCGCCGGCACCGACGCCGCGACGGCCGCCCCCAGCAACGGGACCCCCGCGGGCACCGGCGGCACCGGCGGCGGCUCCUCCAACGGGGGCGGCGGCCGCACCAUGACCUACGUGGCCAAGCCGGCGUACGCGGGCUCGGCGGGCGAGGGGCUGUGCCAGAUCACGGUGCGCAUCGGCGAGGAGGCCAUCGAGCGCCGCAUCUCCGGCAACGACCUGCGCGGCGACGCCGCCGGCGACGCCAACACCGCCGCCGACACCACCGCGGCCGCCCGCGACGACAGCGACGCCGAGGACCGGCUGUGGCGGCCCUACUACUCCUACAAGCCCAAGCGCAGCGGCGGCACUCGCGGCGCCGCGGCGCGGCGAAGGCGAAGAAGAGCGCGCUGGCGCCGCAGGCUGCGCUCGCUGCGCUGGGCCGAGGGGGACGGCGUCGUCGGUGACACCGAGGAGGGCGGUGAUGGCGACCCCCGGCGCCGCGAGCGGCUCCACCCGUGCCGCGUGUGCGGGAAGAGCUCGGCGCUGCGGAAGCUGCGCAAGCACCAGCGGGGACACGACGCGGCCGCGGCGGCGGGGACGGCCCCGGGGGGCGCGGGCGGGGGGCACGGCGGAGGAGGAGCCCCCCGGGUGGGGCGGCGGCCGUCGCUGCGCUUCGCCUGCGCCCGCUGCGCCAAGGUGUGCAAGACGGCGGCGGCGCUGAGCCGGCACGCCAAGCGACACCGCCGGAGUCCCCCGCCGCCGGGGUCGCCCCGAGUCCCUCCCGCCGGGGUCGCCCCGCCACCACCGUCAUCGCCCACACCCCCGGCCGCGGGCAGGGAGGAGGGCUGCGGGCGCCGGGGGACGGGGCGGGGGUGA